AUAAAUACAAAAAAAAAUAAAAAACAACAAAGCCGACGACUACUCUGCAUCUAUCUCCAACCCUUUUCGACGACCGUUCAACGCGUCUUGUCUCUCUCUCUGCAACUCCAUUAGCAGCUACCCAAUAAAAACUUUAAUUCCAAUCCAAAAACCCAGAAAGACCUCUCAACACUUCAUCCAUGGAGAUCAUAAAGUUUCCACUUUUAUCAAUCAUCAUCUUCCUCUGUUUCUCCCCCGCCAUGUCUGCCGACGAAGACGACAUAAGAUGCCUACGUGGAAUCCAAACCUCACUCACCGACCCUCAAGGAAUCCUCAAAUCAUGGAACUUCGCAAACACAACUCUCGGCUUCCUCUGCAACUUCGUGGGCGUUUCUUGCUGGAACAAUCAAGAAAACAGAGUCAUCAACCUCGAGCUUCGAGACAUGGGUUUAUCUGGUCGGAUCCCUGAGUCUCUACAGUACUGUGGGAGCUUACAGAAGCUCGAUCUCUCUAGCAAUCGAAUCUCUGGUAACAUCCCUCAAAAGCUCUGUUCUUGGUUGCCUUUCUUGGUCUCUCUUGAUCUGUCGAGUAAUGAGUUGAACGGUGAGAUUCCUCCAAGUUUAGCUGAGUGUAGAUUCUUUAACUCUCUGGUUCUGUCUCAUAAUCGGUUAUCUGGUGAAAUCCCGGUUCAGUUAUCGUCUCUAGAGAGAUUAGCUACCUUCUCUGUUUCCAACAAUGAGUUAACCGGUCGGAUUCCCUCAUUCUUUGACUCGCCUAAGUACUCAUCUGAUGAUUUUAGUGGUAAUAAAGGUCUCUGUGGUCGUCCUUUAUCUUCAACCUGUGGAGGGUUAAGCAAAAAGAAUCUCGCGAUUAUAAUCGCAGCUGGCGUCUUUGGUGCUGCUGCUUCCAUGUUGUUAGCGUUUGGUGUUUGGUGGUUUUAUUACAACACGAGAAAUAAAAGUAGUUUACACGAAGAAGGAGGAGUUAGUAGCUUAGCUCAGAGACUUGUUAGUCAUAAGCUUGUUCAAGUGACCUUGUUUCAGAAGCCUUUGGUUAAGGUUAAGCUUGGUGACUUGAUGUCUGCGACUAACGGUUUCAGCUCUGAGAAUAUUAUCGUCACAACUAGGACCGGUACGACGUAUAAGGCGGUUCUUCCUGAUGGCUCGGCGCUCGCGGUGAAGCAUUUGAGUGAGUGUAAGUUAAUGGAGAAGGAGUUUAGGUAUGAGAUGAAUCAGUUGUGGGAGCUGCGUCAUCCUAACUUAACACCACUUCUUGGGUUUUGCGUUGUGGAGGAAGAGAAGUUUCUUGUUUAUAAGUACAUGUCUAACGGCACGCUUAACCGGUUGUUGGAGGGAGAGGGUGUUGAAUUGGAUUGGUUAACUCGGUUUAGGAUCGGUUUAGGUGCUGCAAGAGGUUUAGCUUGGCUUCACCAUGGAUGUCGUCCACCUAUACUUCACCAAAACAUUUGUUCAAGUGUGAUUCUCAUUGAUGAAGAUUUUGAUGCAAGGAUUAUAGAUUCUGGUCUUGCUAGGCUUAUGGUUGCUUCAGACAAUAAUGAGAGUAGUUUCAUGACUGGUGACUUGGGUGAGUUUGGUUAUGUAGCUCCAGAGUAUUCCACCACAAUGGUGGCUUCAUUAAAAGGUGAUGUGUAUGGAUUUGGAGUUGUUCUCUUGGAGUUGGCUACAGGGGUGAAAGCUCUUGGGAGAGAAGGUUUUAAAGGGAGCUUGGUUGAUUGGGUGAAGCAGCUUGAGAGCUCGGGGAGACUCGUUGAGGCAUUAGAUGAAGACAUUCGAGGGAAAGGGUGUGAUGAGGAGAUUGUGAAGUUUGUUGAGGUUGCUUGUCACUGUGUGGCUUCAAGGCCUAAAGAGAGAUGGUCUAUGUUUAAGGCGUAUCAGUCAUUGAGAGCUAUGGCUGAGAAAGAAGGGUAUUCGUUUACAGAACAGGAUGAAGACUUCCCUUUGAUCUUUGACACACAAGAGAACGAGACAGUGUGAAGUAAAAACCAUAUCUUGAGGUAUUAUUUUGUGUAUAAUCAUCUUGUACUACUUCCUUAUGUCAUGUUAGAAGAUGCAUGAUUCUAUAAAGGUUCUUGAAAAUGUAUUUGUAGACUUAUGUUAUUAUUGUAAAAGAACAAAGUGUAUAUGCUAAGUGGCUUUCCUUGUGUUCCCUUCAGAAUAAUCUGAAAAUGGGUAUAGUCAGGUGCCUAGUCAUGGUUGAGAUGGUUUUCUUGAAAAAAUUAAGGAAUUUGAAUCGGC